UCGGCGCAAUUAAAGCGACUCUCAGCAUUUUCUGGCUCGGUUUUUUUUUCAAUAAAAAAAACCAAGAGAUUGAAAAAAAGCUGUUCAACUAUAUAUAUGUUGAACAAUAUCAACUGCUGCCAAACGUGUCUGUGGCUAUUCGUAUCACGAGAUUAACGCGAUUAAUCGUUGAAUUAAUUUGUAAAUAGUUGUAUUGCGUUUGAUAACAGGGUUACCCUGGGAAAAAAAGACGAAGGUACAAUUUUUUGCUCGUCAUAAAGACCGAGUUGUAGCACCGGGCGCUUCGGGUUGCUGAUUUGAGUGCAUUUGUGAAAUUCGCUAAUAUGGCAGAAUUUUGUGACUCUGAUGUUGUUUGACUUUGUGAUUGAGGCUGAAUAAACCGUAGCAGUAUUAGUUGGGGUGGAUUUAGUGGGUAUAAUUUGGUUGAAAAUGCAUCGUGUCAGAGUGAAAUAAGUGUUGGUGCAUCACUGACGUGACAUUUGGCUUUGUUAAGCGGGGGACAUUGCCCGCCUAAAUUGUUCCACAUCUCAAUAUUAAUCCGAGGCACGUUUGUAUUAGUGGAGAAAUAACAAGGACAAUUGUCCUUAUUCUGACUAUCGGGACAGUGUUAUUUUGAGUCUAUUUUUUCGUUACGGAGAUAUCUGAGCUGUUGUUUAUGAUGAGUACCUGUGAAUUCUCGGCGCAGGGGUGAAAAGCAGCUGGGAGAGGAAAACAUAGCAGGUAAUUGAGGUAGCUGUGCCAGGAGGGCUAUGGCAAAUCUGAAUUUUGAACAGCCACCACGCAGUAUAGCUACCGCAAGCCUAUCAUCACGUGGGGCUGGUGGUGGGGGCUUAAGCUCAUCCACCCUAGUGGGUCAUGUCACACCAACAUCGGGCAUGUUUUCUGGUUCAUCGGCAAGUACCUCGAGUACAGCGAAUUCAUCAAUCGUUGGAGCAAGCAUUUAUCCGGGAACAGGUGCUGGUACACAAACCAGUGCACAUCAGCAGCAGUUGUCGCCUAUGGGAAGCAGAGGACUGUUUGGACAGAGGGCUUUUACUGACAGGCGUACCAUGCCUGCUCUUGGGAACUCUAAUCCAAUGGGUAGUAUGGGAAGUUUUGGAAUACCUCAAAGUCGGAGUUACGGAUCUCAAGGUGCGAUCAACAAUUUCCAUUCUGUGUUCGGUAGCGGCGGCGGUGGAGAUACGAGUACUCCUCCACUGUUGGACCUCUCAGAGUUUCCUUCAUUAACGAAUAGGGGACAAGGUGAUUCUAUGCCACAGCCCAGCCCCAUGCCAGGAAAGCAAGCUUAUGUUGGUAUGGUAAAACAGCCUACGUCUGAAUCGAGUGAAUUUACCAUGAGUUCGGAAGAUUUUCCAGCGUUACCGGGUACCCAGAGUAGGGAUGGUCCAUCACCAGGUGGUAGUGUUACGGGGGAUAAGAGUAUGUCGGUCGGUUUAGGGCCCGAAAUUGGACAGGAUGUUUUACAGAGUAACAGAGCGCCGGGUUCGGAAAAAUCGCAGGCGUCGAAAAGAGGAAUUCAGACAUCGCAAGAUGGCAAGGUGACGAAUAUACCCUCCAGUAUGGUUAAAGACCAAUUCGGUAUGGUUGGACUACUGACGUUCAUCAGAGCUGCGGAAACUGACCCAAACCUCGUGUCACUGGCACUUGGACAAGACUUAACAGCACUAGGACUCAAUCUAAACUCACCUGAAAAUCUCUACCCAAACUUCGGUGGUCCAUGGGCGGAGACGCCCUGUCGACCGCAGGACAUUGACUUUCACGUGCCACCGGAGUACCUCAUCAAUGCGUCCAUAAGGGAGAAGUUGGCACCUGUAAAACUCAAUCGGUACAAGGACGAUCUCUUGUUUUAUAUGUUUUAUACGAAUGUUGGGGAUGUGUUACAAUUGGCUGCCGCAGCCGAAUUAUACAGCAGAGAAUGGCGAUAUCACAUGGAGGAAAAGGUUUGGAUAACGCAAGCACCUGGACUUGGCAUGGUGGAAAAGACUUCGACGUACGAGCGUGGUACUUAUUACUACUUUGAUGCGCAAAACUGGAGGAAGGUAGCUAAAGAGUUUCAUCUGGAUUACACCAAGCUGGAGAGCAGACCACAUCUUCCCACGACUUUUCAUCAAACUCAGCCUUGACUACAGAUUUGCCUGCAGAUUCUUGUGCUGUAUGUGAAGCUGGCCGAAUCCGGCUAUUGUAUAAAUGAACAAAUUUAAUAAUCUUUAAUAAAAACAUAAAAUUCGAGGAGUAAAAA